CCGUCGCCCAGAUCCCACCCGCAGGACCCCAAAACCCAAUGAUCCUGGAGCAGCCCUUGGAGCGAGGCCCGCAGGGUGGGGCCCAGCGCCUCCCGCGGGCCGCCUUGGGGGUGACUCGCGGCCUGGACGCUAGCUCCCCUCUCCGAGGAGCUGUGCCCCUGAGCACCAAGCGGCGCCUGGAGGAGGAGCAGGAGCCUCUGCGCAAGCAGUUUUUGUCUGAGGAGAACAUGGCCACCCAUUUCUCUCAACUCAGCCUGCACAAUGAUCACCCCUACUGCAGCCCUCCUAUGACCUUCCCCCCGGCCCUGCCCCCACUCAGGAGCUCUUGCUCUGAGCUGCUUCUCUGGCGAUACCCUGGCAGCCUCAUCCCUGAAGCCCUCCGGUUGCUGAGGCUGGGGGACAUCCCCAGUCCCUCCUACCCUUCGACCCCAGCUGGGGACAUAAUGGAGCUCUGAGUGCUAGUGGACAGCGCCCCUCCCAGCUUCCUUCGUCCCCACAACAGAAGAGACCAGCGACUCCCGCAAAGGGACAAGGAGCCUCCCUCUCCUCCAGACCAGGCACCAAGACCUUCCCUCAACAGAGGACUCUGAGCCCAAUGGAGCUCUGGGAUGAGAGGGUGGGAGCAUGGGCAGGGAGGCAUCCCACCCCCAAGAACUGAAUAAAGAUUUCUGAGCAAAGAAAGGCUU